AUGAGCUCUGAACUGCCCUCAGCACCCUUCCCCAUCCUCGCCUCGGUCGCCCAGCUGCGGGAAUGGCGAGCCGGAUGCUUCGAACGGGGCGAGAAAGUCGGGUUCGUUCCGACGAUGGGGGCGCUGCAUGACGGGCACCUGAGCCUCGUCAAAGCCUCGCUUGCCGAGUGCGAACAGACUAUUGUCUCCAUCUUCGUCAACCCCGCCCAGUUCGCCCCGCACGAAGACCUGGCAACCUACCCUCGCACCCUCGAAGCCGACAUCGCCGCCCUCUCAUCCGCCUCCGUCUCUUCCCAUCCUUCACGCAAGGUCUCGGCCCUCUUCCUUCCUCCCGUCGAGGCGUUGUACCCGUCCGGUAUCACCACCGAUGUCAGCAAGCAGCGGGGAACGUUCCUCGAGGUCAAGGGUUUGCAAGAGGUUAUGGAGGGCGCGAGCAGGCCUGGGUUCUUCCGUGGAGUCGCGACGGUCGUCAUCAAGCUUUUCAACCUCGUGCAGCCCACCCGCGCCUACUUCGGCCAGAAAGACAUCCAGCAAGCCCUCCUCCUCCGUCGCAUGCUCAUCGACCUACACGUCCCCAACCCAACCUACAACAACCUCGUCAUCCUCCCGACCUACCGCGAUCCAGCCUCUCACCUCGCGCUCUCCUCGCGCAAUGCGUACCUCUUGCCGGAAGAGCGACCAUGGGCGACAGUGCUCGUUGAUGCGCUGGAUAAGAGUCAGGAAGAGUGGGACCGGCAGCGAGGUGAGGGGAGCGGCGAGGUCGACGUGCAAAAAGUCAUCGCGGUAGCGGAGGAUCACGUCCGGUCCGUCGAGCGACAAGCAGAAGCGGAAGGCAAGGGCGUCCAGAUCAAGCUUCUCUACAUCGCGAUGAAUGACCCGGACGAGUUGCACGACUUGCGGGACAAGGUCGAGAAGGGCAAGGGCGCGAUUGUUUCGGGCGCCGUGAUGCUGGGCAAGACAAGGCUGAUAGACAACAUUGUGUUUGAGUACGAUUCGAACCCGCAAUAG